AUUUUUUUUAAAUUGUAGUCACACAUCUUAAACCGGAAUUUUUUUUUGUGUGUCAAGUAACCAUAAAUCAGUCUUAAGUCUUAACUACUUGCUGUAGGAAAUUUACAACUCGGAGACUGCCAAAAAUUUUGCAACAAAGCGUAAAUCUAAGCCAAUCGCAGCAGACGAACUGAUAGUUGUCAACACGCGUGAAGAAACCAAAAAAAGAAUUUGAAAAACGCGUUAUAAAAGAAAGAAUUAAAAAAUAUACCUUAAAUGUCCAGCAGUGAGAGUGAAUCGUCAAACGAUGAAAAUUCGGCUGAGAUUGUAUCAGUUAAUUCUAGUUUCAAUAGCAACUUUAAAAACGAUGUCGAACUAGAGGCUGGACUGGUUCCGUUGAAAAUGUGCCCUGCAUUGUUAACUGCAGAGGAAUUGGCCUCUGAUGACUAUGACUGUUGGAUGGUCACACUUCCUGGCACGCUGGAUGCAGAGAAGCUUUGUAAUCUUGAACUCUCCCUUUCUAAGUCAACCAAAUUUAAAAUCGAAAAAGAGAAAUGUGAAGCUAUUGUUCAACAGAAAAGUGACAUAAACACAUUUGUCCUGCCAGACAAGAAUGGCAAAAUCAAGUUUGUUGCGAGGGAGACAGUUGGAACAAUUUCUGUUGUGAAAAAUGUCAGUUUGAAAACCAAGAACAUUCAAACUACUGACUUUCAAACCAAGAAAAUCAUUGAUUUACCACAAGGUCUUAAAAGAAGGCAUCCAAUUUAUGGGAAAGACUUAGAAGGUAUAAUGUGUCAAUCAUCUGGACUCAUGAAACCAAAAGAAGAAAUGCCAGAAAAUAUCCAACACACAGUGAAAGAAAAGAAGAAGAGGAAGAGAACUAAUUAAUUAAACAUUCUUGAUUCAUCCAUAUUACACUUUCAAUGAAAAAACUUUUUGAUUCCUUUUACAAAUGUUUUCUCCUGUUCAUUGCAGGCAGCAACUACUUGUCUUUCUAAAGUCACUAUGGCUUUAUUGGUAGGGUCCAGUGCCAAUCCAAUUUUAACCACAUCAAAAGAAUCUUGGAAUUGCUUUAAACC